CCUCCCUUCUAAUUCUCAGUCACCCCUCUCGAUCCCAUUCUGAGGCGAUACUAAAUAGAAGGAUCCAAACCUGAGCGCCGGUGUGCUGAUGAUGGAGAAUAAUAAGGAGCAGAGCCAAGCGCAGAGGCAAGGUAAGUUGUGCCGGCGGUGCAAGUUAAGCUACGACCCCUCCUCGAACACGCGCUCAUCCUGUAGGUUUCACCCUUCGUUCUUCGUCUGUCGCAGGCACGAUGACCAGAAAAGGUAUUAUGAACUUGGACCAAAUGAUCCACCUUAUGCUGCCAAGUUCUAUGAUUGUUGUGGCGCCGAGAACCCUAACGCAAUUGGAUGCACCACCGACGUCCAUGUCUCAUAUGACGAUGACUAAGCUUUCUAAGUCUAAAACAUCUUGUAAAUUUGGCAGAAAUAUGACGUCUACAUGUAAACUAUGAAAUCUACGCGGUACUUGAUAUAUGUUCCAAUUGAGCUCAAAUAACCUAGGGAAAAAUAAUGUAAUACAAA